ACGAUAUUACCAUCUUAAAAAGCUUAUUAUAACUGGCAUAUCUAGUUUAUUUUUCAGCUAUACCUUUUAUCUGACCCUUAACAAUUACUUUAAUCCAUGUAAUCUGGUCAUUCACUCAUAUUAAAUACUAUUUUUGAAUAGAAUGUAGAUGUUUCUGCAUGAACAGUAAAAAAAAAAAAAUCAAGAAAUCCAAAUAAAAGGAGUAGCCUGAAUUACAGAAGUAACAUGAGGAGUAUGAGUAAUGAGCACAAGGCUCUUUCUCUGUUUCUCCUCCUCUUCUAUCAUUUUUGUCGCCCUGUAGGAACUACAUCAGGUCGUUGUGGUUCAUCCAGCCUUUUUUAAACUCAGUCCAUGCCGUUUCUUUCAUGCAUAUUCAUGCACACUGCACAUUUGUGUGUGUUUUUGGGGUCAGUCAGCGGAAGAUGGCGGUCUGGAUGCUGCUGGCUGGCUGAGAGGAGCUGCUCUGCCCGCGGCGGAGGAUCCUUUAUAACCACACACAUUUAACCCGAAUACAACACAACCACACACUAUCAUCUGGAUUAAUCUCGACAGCCUUUUCUGCUCGGGUAUGCACUGUUGGAGUAUUUUACCAGGAUACAAGCACCUCAGACGUUUCUGUGGGAGACUUUGCGGGGAGUUUCAUGUUAUUAUUCGGCUAGCUGUGCGGAGCAGCUAGCGGCUUUCUCCUCCACUUUAAAGCCUUUAAAAUUGCUGCGAAAAUGUCGGAUACGAAGGUAAAAGUGGCGGUUCGAGUUCGACCAAUGAACCGGAGAGAGAUUGAGCUCAGCACAAAAUGUGUGGUUGAGAUGGAGGAAAACCAGACUAUUCUGCACCCACCGCCCUCCAAUACAAAAGGAGAAAACAGAAAACAGCCAAAGGUGUUUGCCUUCGACCACUGCUUCUGGUCCAUGGAUGAGUCCAACAUCCCGAAGUACGCCGGUCAGGAGGUCGUGUUCAAGUGCCUUGGGGAGGGAAUACUUGAAAACGCAUUUCAAGGAUACAACGCCUGCAUUUUUGCCUAUGGACAAACAGGCUCUGGGAAAUCCUUCUCAAUGAUGGGCAACGGAGAGCAGCCAGGACUGAUCCCGAGACUCUGCUGCUCGCUGUUCGAGAGGGUCUCCAAAGAGCAGAACGAGGCCCAUUCCUUCAAGGUGGAGGUCUCGUUCAUGGAGAUCUACAAUGAAAAAGUCAGAGACCUGCUGGAUCCCAAAGGGAGCAGACAGUCUCUGAAGGUCAGGGAACAUAAAGUCCUGGGUCCGUAUGUGGACGGGCUCUCUCAGCUGGCUGUGAUGAGCUUCGAGGACAUUGAAUCUCUGAUGUCGGAGGGGAAUAAAUCACGCACAGUAGCCGCCACCAACAUGAACGAGGAGAGCAGUCGCUCGCAUGCCGUCUUCAGCGUCAUCGUCACGCAAACGCUGUAUGACCUCCAGUCUGGGAAUUCUGGAGAGAAGGUAAGCAAGAUAAGUCUGGUUGAUCUGGCCGGCAGCGAGCGCGUGUCUAAGACUGGAGCUGCUGGAGAGAGACUGAAGGAAGGCAGCAACAUCAACAAGUCUCUGACCACGCUGGGCUGUGUGAUCUCUGCUCUGGCUGAUCAGUCUGCAGGGAAGGGCAAGAACAAGUUUGUGCCUUACAGAGACUCAGUGCUGACGUGGCUGCUCAAGGACAAUCUCGGUGGAAACAGUAAAACGGCCAUGAUUGCCACCAUCAGCCCAGCUGCUGACAACUAUGAGGAGACGCUGUCGACGCUGCGGUACGCCGACCGAGCCAAGAGAAUCGUCAACCACGCCGUGGUCAAUGAGGAUCCCAACGCCCGCAUCAUCAGAGAGCUCCGGGAGGAAGUGGAGAAGCUGAAAGUGCAGCUCUCUCAGGCUGAGUCUCUGAAGGCUCCUGAGCUGAAGGAGAAACUCCAAGAGUCGGAGAAGCUCAUUCAGGAAAUGACGGUCACCUGGGAAGAAAAACUCCGGAAAACAGAGGAGAUUGCACAGGAGCGCCAGAAGCAGCUGGAGAGCAUGGGAAUCUCUCUGGAGUCAUCAGGGAUCAAAGUCGGAGAGGACAAGUGCUUCCUGGUCAACCUGAAUGCUGAUCCUGCUCUUAAUGAACUUCUGGUUUACUACCUGAAGGAUCACACGCGUGUGGGUGCCGACACGUCUCAGGACAUCCAGCUGUUCGGCAUCGGGAUCCAGUCUGAGCACUGUGUGCUGGACAUCACGUCUGAUGGAGACGUCACGCUCACGCCGCUGGAGAACGCCAGGACCUGCGUGAACGGCACAAUGCUCUACUCCAAGGUUCACCUGUGGCAUGGAGAUCGCAUCCUGUGGGGAAACAACCACUUCUUCAGAAUCAACCUGCCGAAGCGCAAGCGGCGUGACCGGUUAAAGGAGAUGGAGAGGGAUUCUUCCCGCGAGAGCUUCGCGGAGGUCGACGUGGAGACGGCCAGCGAGGCUUCGUCCGAGCAGGACUACAGCUACGAGUUCGCACAGAUGGAGGUCAUGAUGAAAGCUCUGGGGAACAAUGACCCCAUGCAGAACGUGGUGCAGGUGCUGGAGAAGCAGUAUCUGGAGGAGAAGCGUCUGGCUCUGGAGGAGCAGCGAGUGAUGUACGAGCGGGAGCUUCAGUCCCUGCGGCAGCGGCUCUCUCCGGAGAAGGUGUCGCAGCACCAGCGCUGCAGCAGCGACCGUCUGCCCUUCCCCACACACUCCACACACAACAAACUGCGGCUGUGGACGGAGGAGAGGGACGAGCUGUUCCGCCAGAGUCUGUCUCGGCUGCGCGAGCAGGUGGUGAGAGCAAACGCACUGGUGCGAGAAGCCAACUUCCUGUCCGAGGAGAUGCACAAACUCACCGACUACCAGGUCACGCUGCAGAUACCGGCCGCCAACCUCAGCGCCAACCGCAAACGUGGCGCUAUAGUCAGUGAACCAGCGAUCCAGGUGCGACGUAAAGGGAAGGGAACACAGGUGUGGACCAUCGAGAAAUUAGAGAACAAACUAGUGGACAUGAGAGACCACUACAGGGACUGGAGGGAAGGCACAGAGGAAGUGGUUAACCGGCUGCACAAUAAGGCAGGAGAUCCGUUCUAUGAAGCACAAGAGAAUCACAACCUCAUCGGCGUAGCAAACGUCUUCCUGGAGUGUCUGUUUCAUGACGUCAAGCUGCAGUAUGCCGUUCCCAUCAUCAGCCAGCAGGGAGAGGUGGCCGGUCGGCUGCAUGUGGAGCUGGUCCGUGUGAGUGGAGUCGUGCCUGAGCGUCUGGCGGGAGGAGACGAUUCCUCUGAGAAUUCCAGCGAGAGCAGCGGAUACGAGGUCAUGGACAAUAAUGGAGAGAUCGUCCACAUGGCCAAAAAACUCACCUGCAGGGUGCGGAUCCGAGAGGCGUCAGGUUUGCCUCUCAACCUGUCCAACUUCGUCUUCUGUCAGUACACCUUCUGGGAACAAUCAGAGCCCACUGUGGCUCCGCCCAUGGUCAGCCCAGACACGCCCUCCCCGCGGACCCCUGACGCCGAGUUCACUGUGCGCUUUGACCACUGCAGGGAUUUUGUGGUGCAUGUGACGGAGGAGUUUCUGGAGUUCAUCUCAGAUGGAGCUCUGGCCAUCGAGGUUUGGGGUCACCGGUACACGGGUAACGGUCACUCCGUCUGGGAGCUCGAUGCACUGCAGGCCAAGACGCGGACGCUCAGAGACAGGUGGAGUGAAGUGUCUCGUAGGAUAGAGCUGUGGGUCUCCAUACAGGAGUUGAAUGAGCAGGGCGAGUAUUCGUCUGUAGAGCUGCAUCCCAACAAAGACAUCAGCACUGGAGGCGUGUUUCAGCUGCGGCAGGGUCACUCUCGGAGGCUUCAGGUGUGCGUCCAGCCGGUCCAGCACUCAGGGACUUUGCCGCUGAUGGUGGAGGCUGUCCUGUCCGUAUCUAUCGGCUGUGUUUCUGCUCGCUCUACAAAACUACAGAGACCUCUGGACAGCUAUCAGAGUCAUGUGAGAGUCAGUUCAGCGGAGUGUGUGACAGACUGUAUUCUCUCCUGGCAGAAGGAGGAAGACGACGAUAUGGAUAGUUAUCAGGAAGAGGACCUGAACUGUGUGCGGGAACGCUGGUCUGAUGCCCUCAUCAAACGCAGGGAAUAUCUGGAGGAGCAGAUCAAGAAGAUCAUCAACAAGUCAGAGAAGUCCGAGGAGGACGUGGAAAGAGAGGCCAGACUGGUGGAGCAGUGGGUGGGUCUGACAGAGGAGAGGAACGCAGUGCUGGUUCCGGCCCCUGGCAGUGGAAUCCCAGGGGCCCCGGCGCACUGGGUUCCUCCUGCUGGCAUGGAAGCUCAUAUUCCUGUGCUGUUCCUGGAUCUGAACGCUGAUAACCUGACAGUGAAUGAUCAGCUGACGGGUCCUCACGCCGCCGGUGUGAACUCGAUUCUUCCCAAAGAGCACGGCAGCCCGUUCUUCUACCUUCCCAUCAUCAGACAUAGCGAUGACGAGGUGUCGGCUGUGUGUUCCUGGGAUUCGUCCAUCCACGACUCCAUCCACCUGAACCGGAUCACGGUGCCCAAUGAACGGAUCUACUUGAUCGUGAAAGCCACGGUGCAGCUCAGUCAUCCGGCCUCCAUGGAGCUGGUCCUCCGCAAGAGAAUCGCCGUCAACAUCUACAACAAACAGAGUUUCACUCAAAGUCUGAAGAGAAGGAUGUCUUUGAAGAACAUUCUGUACUCCUGUGGAGUGACGUAUGAGAUUGUGUCUAACAUACCAAAGGCGUCUGAAGAGCCGGAGGAGCGUGAGACUCUGGCCUUGAUGGCAGCACGAGGAGAGAGCGAGGAGACUCUUGAUGGAGAGACGUACAUCGAGAAAUACACCCGAGGAGUGCUGGAGGUGGACAAUAUCCUGUGUCUGGAGAGGCUCCGGCAGGCCGUGACGGUGAAGGAAGCGCUCUCUGUUAAAGGCAGACACAUACGGCGCAGUCUCAGCACGCCAAACGUCCAGCAUACCUCUUGUUGUAAAUCAGAUGGGACAGGAUGCGAGGAUGAAGACUUGAAGGCUCACUGCGACGCUCACAUGGAUGUCACUGAAUCCAACUUUCAUGAAGCUUCACUCAACAGUCCUCUCUCAAAAGAAACGCCUGUUAAAAACAAAGAGAAUCAUGGGUCGGUACCAGAGAGUCCGACAUUCUUCAACUCGAGUCCGUUUAAAGUUCUGUCGCCUCAACCGCCCAAGUUCCUCAAAUCUCUCAUGCCAGUGAAGGAGGAGAACAAAGUCAAGCGUUCUCUGGAGUCUCGGCCACUUCUGGGACAGGAGAGCAUGCGUUGGUUUGUGGAGAGCAGCGUGUUGGGCCCCACCGGCCCCUGGUCCAGACCCAGGGCUCAGAGCGAGGGCCACAGCAGCAGUGACAUCAGCAGCAGCAGGGCCAAUCACAGACAGCCCAGACUCAGCACUGAUCUCACUCACACACUGCCACACGCUGCUGAUUCAGAGGAGGAGGAUCCCGACAUGGAUUCAGCCUUCACCCGUUCCAGUGUUCCAGGUCUCGGGUCUCUGGAGCUCCAAAACUUCAAGCCUUACAUUCCAGAGGAUUUUGCCAACUUUGAGGUGUAUAACGCCAGUCUUGAGACCCAGGGGGGGACUGUAUGCGUGCGGGGGGAGUUGGCACCCGGGAUCGGGGUGUUAUCAGGGACACGGGUCACGGAUAAAGAAGUGUCCCGUAGUCCCACGGCCAGCAGCUGCACAAGCGGCUACUUCUCCCAUAGUGCCUCAAAUGCCACACUAUCCGAUGUGCUCUUCAGCGGCAGCGAUAGCUGCGACCAGCUCAACAACAGAGAAGCCGCAGACUCUCAGGAGCACGGAAGAGGGUUGCAUCCUUCCAGAACCGAGGCCAUUCCCUCACAAUCAUCCUAUCCAGCCCAGACCAUUCCCGCUCAGCACUGUUCCCGUCUCUGCACCGACCAGGACUGUUCCCCUCCGCUUCCCCGCAAAUGUAUCCUGAGUGUCAGUCAAGAAUUCACAGACUUUAAGGGUGCAGAUGAUGGUGUAGGGGUAGACGAACUCUGUAACUUCAGUUGGAAGGCAGAAUCAAUUCCCCCAGCCAAAACGCAAGACAUGGAUCCUCCGUCCCAGUGCCAUCUCCACAAUGGAAAAGAGUCUCCUAGUGUCCCUGUACCUCAUGCUAACCCAGAGCUGGAAGCAACUCAAGGACUUGAGUUCUUUGAGGAUGCAGAACUCUCAGUGGACUCUAAUGAGGAUGAGAACGCACCAGUUGCUCAGUUGCCAGACUGGAUGGCCCCCGGUGAGCAAGUGUGGGUGGGCAAACGCAGUGGGAUGGUGCAUUAUGUUGGAGGGGUAGAGUUUGCCAAAGGCAUCUGGGUUGGAGUGGAGUUGGACCUUGCUGUAGGCAAGCACAAUGGUACGGUCCAGGGAAGGGUGUAUUUCCGGUGUGCCACAGGUCAUGGCGUCUUUGUGAAGCCAUCCUGUUUGACUCGAGGACCUCCGUCCAUAGACACCGAACCUCAACCUGUGCUCCAGUAGAGGCAGGACAUUGACCCAAUAGUUGGUAGACGAUCUCUUCGACACCAGCACCAGCAACCGCCUGGACAAACCGAGUGCUAACAGAAUCCAUCCUUCUGAUUUGUUCGUCACAUCAGAGAUUCACUGAUUCCUCUUAUUCCGUGGCAAUAAACACUACCUGUGUGUGUUGUGUUGAAGUUAUAGGCUUAUUUCAGUAUCAUCUUUGAAUGUCGAGAGUUGCACAGUUGCACAAACAUGUUUUUAUAUAUCAUGUUAGCUUUGAUAUAGCUGAAAUACUAAUUUCCAUCUUCAUUAAUUUACCACUUCUUAUAUGACUAAAUGUAUUAAUCAAACAAUGCCUAACACAAAAUAUACUUUGAGUGAGUUUGAGAUUUGGAUGUUUGUUCUAGGUAAGAAUGUACUACUGUUUAUGAACACUUUUGUUUGUGUGAUUAUAUCAGGUAUUACCAAAGACAUAGCCUUUCAAAUCUGCUGUGCAAACUUACUUUGGCAACAUGAGUUUUAUGCUUGUGUACUUUAUUUGUUCGACUGAUUUAUGCUAAUAUGCUAAGUGCCAUAUUUCUGAUUGGAAGGCCACAUCUCCAUCGGAAAUUCAAAAUUGUGGUUGAUUUUUUUUUUUUAGUUUAAUGGUAUUUUGAACGGACAGCAAGCCUUGUUGCUCGUACUCUGUUGCGUAAUUGGCUUGUUGAGUACUGUAACCGUUAAAGGACUGCCGAUAUUUCUAUUAACAGAGCUGUCUGAACGCUUGCACUGGAGUAACUUAUCCUGGAUGCACAUUAAGUUACAUAAUGCACGGAAUUUUUGCGCAUUUUCAUAUACUGAUUUGACGCUUCUCAGGAGGUUGACAGAAGUGACUAACUCCUGUGGUCACCUAAUGCGGAGAGCACCUUGUUUUCUUUAUCAGACCCUUGCUAAUAUUAUUGUAAAAUAGUGAUAAUCUGAUCUGCUUCGUAUCGGCUAUAGACCAGAAAUGCCCUAAAGUACUGACACAAGCCCCACAUGGACGGGGACUUUUUAGAUAGUUGACUUCUAGGUUUACCCGCCUAAUAAUGAAGCUUUUGAGCAUUUAAAUCCAUGUGUGUUUGACUGUUAAGUAAGAUUUUAUUAGUUUGUGAUACUAAAGCCAAUAUUAAUGUUUUUUUAUAGGUAUAAAUGGGAGACGGGCAAUAUCGGGGAAUGGGACAUAGCCUGAAUAAUGCUAGUAUGUUUAGUGCCAUGACCAGUGCUGUUAUUAUUGCUCUGUUUUACCUGAAGAACUGUGGAUCUCAUAAGAAGUGAAUACUGUUGCUGUCAUUGGAGACGGUAAAAUAAAAACCCAAGACCUUACUUAAAAGAAAACAAAGCUGCUCUCCUUGACAAGGAGCUGUACAUAAAAUGUAUGAACAUAGUAUUUACAAUAUUAUAAAAUGUACAGAAUUGUAUUUAUAUUGUAUCUCUGCAGAUGCUGGUACAAAGAUGUUGUAGAUUACAGAACGUUUACAAACA